AUGACACAUGCAGGAUCUGAAAGAAAAAUAAGGAGCAGGAGUCUAAUAUUACAGUGUUAUUAUGGUGGCUUCUCCUUCUGCUGUAAAUACCGCAGUACUGGCCCCUGCAGUAAAUACUCCAGUACUGGCCCCUGCAGUAAAUACUCCAGUACUGGCCCCUGCAGUAAAUACUCCAGUACUGGCCCCUGCUGUAAAUACUCCAGUAUCGGCCCCUGCUGUAGAUACUCCAGUAUCGGCCCCUGCUGUAGAGACUCCAGUAUCGGCCCCUGCUGUAAAUACUCCAGUAUCGGCCCCUGCUGUAAAUACUCCAGUAUCGGCCCCUGCUGUAGAUACUGCAGUACUGGCCCCUGCUGUAGAUACUCCAGUAUUGGCUCCUGCUGUAAAUACUCCAGUAUCGGCCCCUGCUGUAAAUACUCCAGUAUCGGCCCCUGCUGUAAAUACUCCAGUACUGGCCCCUGCAGUAAAUACUCCAGUACUGGCCCCUGCUGUAAAUACUCCAGUACUGGCCCCUGCAGUAAAUACUCCAGUACUGGCCCCUGCAGUAAAUACUCCAGUACUGGCCCCUGCUGUAAAUACUCCAGUAUCGGCCCCUGCUGUAGAGACUCCAGUAUCGGCCCCUGCUGUAAAUACUCCAGUAUCGGCCCCUGCUGUAAAUACUCCAGUAUCGGCCCCUGCUGUAAAUACUCCAGUAUCGGCCCCUGCUGUAGAUACUGCAGUACUGGCCCCUGCUGUAGAUACUCCAGUAUUGGCUCCUGCUGUAAAUACUCCAGUAUCGGCCCCUGCUGUAAAUACUCCAGUAUCGGCCCCUGCUGUAAAUACUCCAGUAUCGGCCCCUGCUGUAGAUACUCCAGUAUCGGCCCCUGCUGUAAAUACUCCAGCACUGGCCCCUGCUGUAGAUACUCCAGUAUCGGCCCCUGCUGUAAAUACUCCAGUAUCGGCCCCUGCUGUAAAUACUCCAGUAUCGGCCCCUGCUGUAAAUACUCCAGCACUGGCCCCUGUAAUACUAGUCAAUAUCAGCUCUAA